UCACAAAGAUUACGCUUUUUCACGUGGACGUGGAGGAUUUUUUACUCUUGCAGUCUUGCUGCCUUGAAAUUUUAGUUUUCAGUGCCGCACUGACGACUUGUUGGCUUGCAGUAACCAGCAACUUUUGAGCGAUUUGAGUUUUCAGAAUCCAGAUCAUCAUAAUAAUUAUUUUGUACGUACGCCUCUAGAGGAAAGUUUCAACAGCAGUUUCCGUAGACGACGCUCGUGCUAAAGUUUUGCUGCCUUCAAAAUGUCUGAAAAAAGCGCACCAAGCAGUUCGGAUGGCCAGAAGCGUACAUUGUCGGAAGCCAAUCUUGCAUCCACUUCACUACCGAUACCGGGGAAAUCGGCGACGAAAACCCCACCGGCUAAGAAAGCCAAGGUCAAGACGCCCAAGGGCUCGAAGCGCAAUCCCUUGAACGUCGACCAGCUCAUGGAAAAACUGAAGAAUGCUGGUGUUGACAAUCUGGAGAAGGUUAGUGGAUGCGUGAAAGCAGGGAUUGCCAAAGGUUUGAUUAAGCUGGAUAGCCCCGCCGAUUUGGACAAAGUGAUUGCAACUGCAGUGUGUUCGGAAAUCCUGCCAUCGGACUGCAAUCACUUGAUCAAGGCUACCUUGAAAAUGGCCAUGCAUCAAAAAGAUUGGGGUGGCGACGAAUACAAUUUCGUAUCAUACGAACAUCCUGUGACUUGCGGCGGAUGUGGAGAGGGAUAUUUCGUUUCGUGGGUGUGCAGUGGAAAACCGGACAUCUGCUAUUCGAAAUACAUGAGCCAUUGCAACAAAUGUCCCAAUUUCGGAGUUUGCAUCGGAGAAUGCCGGGAGAUCCAUUGCGAUAAUUGUGGACAGCAUUAUUAUGCUGGUUCACAGAAACAGAUGCCGUGUUCGUGUGAUCCACGCUUGGACGAGAUGAUGUUCGGUCGCGGUCCUCGCCGAUAAACUGGAUCACCGGCACAUACGAGCGUGUAUAACCGUCGCACUACACUGAUCGCGGAUAAUUGCACCAUCGUCGUCACAAUUUAGCUGGAAUACAAUCCGGCUCUGCGAACAAUAAUCAAAUUCUUCUCAUUUUCAAGUUUACUGCUGAAUCUUUAUUACUUAGCCACACUGAUUAUGAACUAUGAAGUAUGCAUUCUUGAGAGAUGGUUUUGUUUAGUUAUUAAUACAAUCGUUGGUUGGGUUGUACAGUACCUAUACGUAAGUACGUGUGUGCUCACCAUUAGGUUGCUAACCAUAAGCAUCCCUGAAACGGUCAGGUUGCAGACAUCUUUGUUAUCAUCACUUUAUACUGUUAUUAUGAUCUACUAUAUACGAGAAGUUACUGGCAGGCUUUCGAUUUGUUGGUGGUCUGUAUCCGAUUUUAUUGUUGUUGCCAGUUGGAUAAGCGAAAAUUUUCGAAUUA